AUGGCGUCUCCUGCCCUCAAUCGCCCUGCUCUCGGUCUCGGACAAGUUUCGGCCCUGGGAAGUCUCUAUGAUGCUCGCAGCGACACCUUCCUCCCAUCGUCCCUAUUCGAUGAACCUCUUCCUCCCGAUGCCGUGAAGAUCACCCAGCACCAAUCGGCCGACGCCAAAGUCGUCAACGGGGACACCUUCGCAGAGAAGUUCGCUGCAUGCGGCAUCGACGGCGAGCUGGCCGUCAGCGUCCUAGCUGGACUUGUCAAGGUCGACGGUUCGGGGCUCUACUUGUUCGACAAGCGCGACACAAACCAUGUUGUGCAGUCUUCUCUACGCUACGAUUUCAUCACUGUAGAAGAGAAACUCAACCUUACUGCCACUGGCGUCAAAGGAUGCAUCGCACGCAACCGUUUGGACACCGAUGCCGCUACUCACAUCGUCACUGGUAUUCACUGGGGUGCCCGCUACGUGCUCACCGCCAAGCAACAGCUUGAUCCCUCCGAAGACAGAAGCCAGAUUUCUAGGAAUCUAGAGGCGCAGAUGUCUUUGCUCAAGACAGCAGGACUGUCACGAGUAGAAGAUGCGACCUAUACCCAUCCUGAAGCCUCUGUCGAACUGACCAUCUUCGGAGACGACCUCACCAAAGUUCCCUUCCCGACCAACUUUGCCGCAGCCCAGGACUUCAUCGAGAACAUACCCGGCGAUAUAGCCAGAGCUGGUGACGGAAAGGGCCAACCGGUGGCCUACACCCUAAUGCCACUCUCUCUGAUCGCCGCGUUUGGAUUACUUGACAUCAAGGUCGACAUGACCUACCGUCAGCUGGGCGCUGACUGCUCCCAAAGAUGUGUGCAGCUAUUUGACGAUAUCCGGGACGCGCGCCAACGACUCCGCGACUAUUUCGCCCGACUACAGACUCAUCAAGCUUGUGUUCCGCCUGAACAUAUCGACUCCAUCGCGCAACUUCUCGCUAGGAUCAAGAGUCUGGAGGCCAUACCAGAAACUAACUUCGCAAGCCUCGUGAAGGCCGUUCGAAGUGGCAAGGCGACUGAGCGGCAGCUUUGGGCUCGGCUCACAGAAUUUAUUGGACAUAGCUCGCCUCAUGGCAUUAUUUCCGCCAUGGCAUACGAAGAGAAGAUGGAUUUUCAAGAUCUUCUCAUGCGUGAGGGAGCACACCUUGUCGGCUACAAUAGCCCUUCGGUAUCCGCCUUGUUGCACGGUAAUCCGUAUGACGACGCGGUUGUCUUUUACUUCAACGACCAUGUCCGUCAUCAUUCCGACGUGUGGGAGGAGAAUCUCGCAGCAUUCCUCGAAAUUCUUGAAGAUCACUCUCAUCACAAAGUCGCUAUCGCUGUCGAUCAGGACGCGGUUGACCACGACUCUCAUGGUACUUUCCUGGAGAAACCCUACAUCUCGCACUUGCGACGAGGGCGAGUCAUCAGUGAGGACCUUGUAGAGAACCGCAAGGUCUUAGCCGCCAACUGUGUGAUGCGCGUUGCCGAAGACGCGCUUACUCCUACCGUGAACGGCAAACCCCUCGACAGAAGAGCCGUCAAGAUUCCCUGCCCACGUCAAGGCUGCGACCAAAAACUGCAAUGCAGCUGGAUCUGUGGUUCUUGCCACUCGGCAGUCGAGUACGGUGUUGUCGAUGAAAUGCUCUACUGUGAGUGUGGAGCGAGCCCCUACCACAAGUGGGAGUUUCAGUGCAACGACCCGAAACAUGGCUCAGACUGGGAAAGGUAUAGCCGUUCUGAGCUUCUCCGAAAGCUUAAGGCGCUCGAGCCGUUCGAGGAUCUCAAUAUCUUGAUCCUGGGCGAGACUGGAGUUGGGAAGUCGACAUGGAUCAAUGCAUUCAUCAACUACCUCUCAUACGAAUCAAUCGACGACGCAUUGAACGCCGAGGACCUCAAAUGUGUGAUUCCUUGCUCAUUUCAGACACAAACAGCCGUUGACGGCAGAUUUGUCGAAACGGAAAUCAAGAUUGGCUCCAGUCAGUCAGAAAAGGAUGGUUCUGGAGGCCAGUCGGCCACGCAAUCGACCGAGGUGUAUACUGUCAACAUCGGCAAGACACGAGUUCGUCUUAUCGAUACCCCUGGGAUUGGAGACACCCGUGGCGUUGAUCAGGACAACUCCAACAUGAACGACAUCUUGACCGUCUUGCGGACUUACAACAACCUUCACGGAGUUCUCAUCCUCCUGAAACCAAAUGCCGCUCGUUUGACUGUCAUGUUCCGGUUCUGCAUCAAACAGCUGUUGACACACCUCCAUCGCAACGCUGCCAACAACAUUGUUUUUGGAUUCACAAACACCCGCGGAUCCAACUACAAGCCUGGCGAUACCUUCAAGCCCUUGAACGCUCUUCUCUCCGAGUACGAAGAUGUCAAGAUGGGUUUAUUCGAGAACAACGUGUACUGCUUUGACUCAGAAAGCUUCCGAUACCUUGCCGCCAAAAAGAAGGGCAUUGACAUUGGUCACUUGGAAGACAACCGUCGCAGCUGGGAGUAUUCGGUUGGGGAGUGCGAGCGGCUCGUUAAGCACUGCCAAGGCAUCACUCCUCAUCAAGUGCGCAGUACCAUCAACCUCAACGAGACUCGAAACACUAUCCACCGACUCACAGAGCCAAUGACCUUCAUUGCUGAGAAGAUCAGAGCGAGCAUCGACGUGAACAAUGAUGCCAUCCAGGAGCUUCGGAAUUUCCAACUCACCCGACAAGAACUUCAGCAGCGCCUAUUCGUCCAAAAGGAGACCCUAACUUCGGAAGAAGUGGACAGACCGCAAACAGUCUGUACACACGACGAUUGUGUCGAGAUUCGCACCGACUUCGAAGGCAAAACGGAGACUGCAACAACCAUCUACAAGACGGUUUGCCACAAAGGCUGCUACCUGACGAGCGUCGAUCGCAACAAGAAGGGUCACCAUGAGUUGCAAGGAUGCAGCUCAAUGGGUUUUGCCGGCAAGUGCAACAAAUGUGGUCACAGUUGGAUGGACCACAUGCACAUCUACUACAAGUAUGUACCGACGACUUAUCAACACCGAGAUGCGGCCACAGACAGAGAUCUCAUCAAGAAUGCCGAUAAUAUCCAGCUCAGAGAGGAAGCAAUCCGGAUGAAGAAGGAGGCCAUUGAGGAGUUCAAGCUUGAACACCGACAAGUCCAAGAAGCGGCCAUCCAGUUUGGCUUCUUCCUCAAGAGGCACGCCAUAACGCCCUACAACGACGCCACCAUCGAGUACAUCGACAUGCUCAUCGACCAGGAGAGGCAGAAGAUGAAGGCCGGCGGAUCGAACCAACGCCGUGGCAAACUUGAGAAGGAGAAAGCUGAGUACCUCCAACGGGUGGAAGUACUGGAAAAGGCCAUGAAGCAAGGCGACGAGUCCAAACUGCUCGACGACUCGGGUGUGGCACAGCUAAUCGAGAGCCUAUACGGCCUACCUCACUUCGGAGACGAUCUCCGAAACAUUGUCAACAUUCAGGAGAGGGCCGCCGAGUCUACAUAUCGAGAACGCUCCUGUAAUGUGUCAGGGGGCGCUCACUUCCAUCGCCGUCGGGGAAGAAACCAGACUCGGAAUGGUGAACAGCGCAACGCACAUCUUGGAGAGGGACCUUCGGCUCCGAUGAAAGUAAUUUCGUCUUAUGAACCGAUCCCUGGAUCUUUUCCUAGGGAACCUACUGGAGGUACUGUCAGAGCGAAGCCUCGUGCCCGUUCUGUAGCGCCGCGUGAAUCAACUUGGAAGCGGGGAAUCUGGGGAGCCAUCACGAAAUUUGUUCCGGGUUUUUGA